CUUUGCGAGGGAACACAAUUAAAUCCAUGCGCCCUACCACACUUUACGCCUUCCUAUAAGGAAAUCACCUUCCUCGGUUGAUCAAUCUCCACCUUCCUAGUAUUUCAUCGAAGAAAUUUAUUCCAAUCUCUCCAUUGAUUGCUUAGCCGAAUCUCGAGCGUUUCCUUUCUAAUCACCGUCAUUUCAAUCUCACCAAACCCCUAAAUUAUCCCGAAUUCCCGACACGCAUCAAGCCGAUACCAAAAUUAAUAAUGUGAAAAGUGAAAACUACCAUUUCGAAGAAAAAUACAGGAUUUUUAUUCGUCUCAUCAAUACGCUCAAAUCGAUCUAGAAUAUUUAUCCUAAUCUUUCCAUCUUAUUUCAACGGAUAAUGAUGGCAUUUGCAUUAUUGCCCCCCGUUUCAAUUGUCAUAUAAUCUCCAUACUUGUUCCUGUUUGGGCAAUUUUUUAUCUUUUUGUCCUUUUUCUUAGAGAACAAGCGUUUCAAGAGGGAAGAUGAGUGUGUCCAAGUCCCAAGUGUGGCAGCCGUGCAAGAAGAAGCGGUUAUAGCAUCUUAGGGUUCGAGGAAAAAAAAGGAUAUUUUUCAUUGAAGAAGGAAAGAGAUCAAGGAAGAAAUAAUUUGAGGAACAAUGGAUGGGAUUUGUAUAUCGGACAGGGUGUCUCAAAUGGUAAUGGCGUCAAGAUCAAGCUCCGGUGGUGGGAGCGCGCGUGGGGCUGGUAGCAACGGGAAGACGCGCGUGGGUAGGUAUGAAUUGGGGAGGACUUUAGGAGAAGGGACUUUUGCCAAGGUGAAGUUCGCUAGGAAUCUGGAGACAGGUGAGAAUGUUGCCAUCAAGAUUCUUGAUAAAGACAAGGUUCUCAAACACAAGAUGAUUGGCCAGAUCAAGCGAGAAAUUUCAACCAUGAAGCUUAUAAGGCAUCCCAAUGUUAUUCGCAUGUUCGAGGUUAUGGCAAGCAAGACAAAGAUAUAUAUCGUCAUGGAAUUUGUCACUGGUGGUGAACUCUUUGACAAAAUAGCGUCUAAAGGGAAGCUGAAAGAAGACGAAGCUAGGAAAUAUUUUCAGCAGCUCAUAAACGCUGUUGAUUUUUGCCACAGCAGGGGUGUUUACCAUAGGGAUCUCAAGCCGGAGAAUUUGCUGCUUGAUGCUAAUGGACUUCUCAAAGUCUCUGACUUUGGAUUGAGUGCCUUACCUCAGCAAGUUCGGGAAGAUGGAUUACUUCACACUACAUGUGGAACGCCAAAUUAUGUGGCCCCUGAGGUGAUCAACAAUAAGGGCUAUGAUGGGGCCAAAGCGGAUCUUUGGUCAUGUGGCGUAAUUCUUUUUGUACUUAUGGCUGGUUAUCUGCCAUUUGAAGAGCCUAAUCUUAUGGCACUCUACAAAAAGAUAUUUAAGGCAGACUUUACAUGCCCUCCGUGGUUUUCGUCCAGUGCCAAGAAACUAAUCAAAAGAAUCCUCGACCCGAAUCCAUCAACACGUAUCACGAUUGCUGAGGUCCUCGAGAAUGACUGGUUCAAGAAAGGAUACAAGCCGCCUGUUUUUGAACACGAGGAAGUAACUCUCGAUGAUGUUAAUUCGAUUUUCAAUGAAUCAGCAGACUCUCCAAACCUUGUUGUUGAAAGGCGUGAGGAAAGGACAGCCACUGCACCAGUGGCCAUGAAUGCUUUCGAGCUUAUUUCUACUUCACAGGGUUUAAAUCUCAGUACCCUUUUCGAAAAGCAAAUGCUGAAACUCCAUGGGGAGAAAUCCGGGCGUAAAGGUCAUCUGUCAAUCGCAACAGAGAUUUUUGAAGUGGCUCCUUCACUUCACAUGGUCGAGCUUCGGAAGGCCGGUGGGGACACAUUAGAAUUUCACAAGUUCUACAAGAACCUCUCGACCGGGCUGAAAGAUAUCGUGUGGAGUACGGGUGACAAAGUAAACGAUGAAGCUAAUAAUUCUGGCAAAUACUAAAUGAGGGAUUUUGUUCUUAGUUGUUUCUUCUUUCUCUUAUGAUAAAAGAAAUGUGAUUUUGAACAUUUUUAUCAGUAGCUUUUUGUAUGGAAAAAUUCUCAUUGAACCUUUUUUUUAUGUGUUUUAUUACUAAACUGAAACCCAUUUUCAGCCAAUAAAUCUUGGCUGGAAUGACAUUUUCUAUGUCUGCUCACUAGUCGAGCUUGAACAUCUAAUUGAGCCCGUUUAUUAAAUGAAAUGAGCGAUCUUAUC